AUGUAUUGGAAUAUCUAUCAAAUAGGGUAAUAGAAUCUUUUAAACUAUUAUAAUUAUCAUAUGUUAAAAUAAGAUCCAUAAUAAUAAAUGUCUUUAUCAAUUAACAGUUUGAAAUAGUAAGACAAAGGUAUAUUAGUUGAUUUGCCAACAAUAACAGGAGUUAUAAAUCUAAAGAUUAUAUAAAUCAAAUGAUAUCAGCUAAAUGAUUUGAGUUGGAAAGACUAGCAAUACAAGAUAAGGUGGAGAUAAACUAGUUUGUGAUAGUGGUUUAACACCGCUUACUUAUGAUAUUAGAAAGGAUUUUCAUCGUAAACAGCUUUAAAUAGAUUAUGGAGAAAUUCAAAGAAUGAUGAAAGAUUUACAUUCUAUUCAAUCAGAGUUCAUGAAUUAACCAGAAGAAGAAGAAAAUGGAUCAGAUGAUGGAAAUAAAGGAAAAAAAAGAUACAAUAAGUUUUGA